UCUCCGACACUCAUUUGAUUAGGUCUACGCAGAUCUCACACCCACCAUGCAAUCCCAAGUGCUCGUUCUCAAGGACUCUUUGAAGCGGGAGUCUGGGAGUAAAGUGCACCAUGCUAAUAUCCAGGCUUCAAAGGCUGUUGCUGACAUCAUCCGUACAACCUUGGGACCAAGGUCCAUGUUAAAGAUGCUACUGGAUGCUAGUGGAGGUAUUGUAGUAACCAAUGACGGGAAUGCCAUUCUGCGAGAAUUGGAUCUUGCACACCCAGCAGCAAAGGCACGAUAGUCUUCUUGAAUUCCUCUUUCUCCAAGUUGAACUGCUUUUGUUUAACAGUUACUUUAUCCUUUAUUUUUCUCUAUUGGUGGCUCUUGCAUGAAAUGAUAGUUUCUGCUUCUUGUUGUUUUAUGCGCUUUCCCCAAUUAACUUAAUAUCUCUAUGUUAUACUUAUCAAU